AUGUGCCCGACAAAAUGCCGCCAUCACCACCACCGUGACACCACCGCCACCGUAGAAGACUGGAGAGAAGAAGCGAUCAAUGGUGGUUCUCUAAAACAUGUAGACCUUCGCACAGGUUCCAACGGCUGGGCAUCUCCACCAGGCGAAGUAUUUUCCCUUCGUGGUCCUAAAUACUUCUCAAAGAAAACCAAAACACCAGCCGGAGAUUGCCUGCUGAAUCCUGCCGGAGUCGACUGGCUCCGAUCCAAUUGUAAGCUUGAUCAUGUACUGGCCAGGCCCGAUAAUCGUAUUAUGGCCGCUUUGAGAAAUACCAAAUGCCCUGAAAGUUCCUCGAAGAUUUUUGUUAUUGCGAUAAAUCUUCAAGUCCCUGGCCGGGACCAUUACAGCGCGGUGUUUUACUUUUCAAGCAAAAUUGACGAACCCAUUCACUCUAAUUCACUAUUGUAUCAAUUCAUUCAUGGGUCGGAUGCUUUUCGCAACAGUCGGUUCAAGAUCGUGAACAAAAUUGUCAUGGGACCAUGGAUCGUGAAAACUGCAGUUGGAAAUUACUCUGCGUGCCUAUUAGGUAAAGCCCUGAAUUGUUAUUACCAUAAAGGGCCUAAUUAUCUUGAAAUAGAUGUUGAUAUUGGUAGCUCAGCAAUCGCCACCGCGAUUUUGCGCCUGGCUUUGGGUUACGUUAAGGCGGUGACAAUCGACAUGGGUUUCUUGGUGGAGGCGCAGUCGGAGGAAGAAUUGCCAGAGAAAUUGUUUGGGGCUGUCAGAAUUUGUCAAAUGGAUAUGAAUUCUGCAACAUUUGUUGAUAACUCCACACCGUCAAGGAAAGUUUUGCCCUGUGAAAACGAAAACGAAGAUGAAGAUGAAUAG